AGACAUCAAGGAACGAACGGGGUGACGACAGCAAAAAUGAUAUGUAUGGGGAUGACAAGCAUAGUUAUAUACCGAAACAUACAACGAGUUUGUGUUGGCGAUUUCAUUUGUCUGAGCAGAACUGUGAUUCCGGAGGAUAGUGGUGGUGACUCAAUCCGUCUGAGCAGAACUGUGGUUCUAGACAAUGGUGGUGGCGACUCAAUUCGUCUGAGUGUGGUGAUGAUGGAGGCAGCAGCAGUUGUGGCGACGACGGCUUUGGCGACGGCGAUGGGAACGGCGAUGGGGACGGCAGUGUUGUUUAAUCUUUCUGAAAUGACAUGUGAUUCCGGAAAACGCCAGAUUUAAAUGUUUAAUCUAAUACAACACAAUUUACAUUCUGGACAUACAUCAACUUACAUCGACAAUCAACCGUUUGAGUACUAUUUUAUGUGACUAUAACCCGCAAUCACAGUAGUCUUUCUAUGACAAAUUAAGGUAUCACUAAUUGUAUUAUUAUAUGCUAUACUAGUGACUCUAUCCCUUCAAUCGCUCGUUGGAAGAUGAAAUGAUAUUAAAUUGAUAUAAAAUCAAAAUUUGAAUAUUUUGCUAUCAGACAAAUGAUAAUAUUGAAACGAUUAAAUGGAACAUAAGAGUACACUAGCAUUCGAAUAACAUUAACACUGAUAACUACAGUUGUAGGGAGAUCCCCGACACAGGGAAUCCCCCCUUUCUGCACUUGUAGUCCUCGCCAUUAUAUUUUAUUUAUAGUGCCUGUAUAUUUUUGUUUCUCAAAUAUAUACACGGAACUUAGUUCAAUCUGACAAGCCGAAUUAGUUGUUGCGAUACCUAAACAAAUACUAAAUAUUUGUAAUAUAUCGCAUACCAUGAUGAAGUGUGAAAAUUUUGUAACAUCUAUACAUGUAUAUACAAUGUAUUCUGAUUAAAAUUUGUA